AAUUUCCCUCUUUAUUUUUGCUUCCCACGGCCGGAGUACCCAAUUUCCCUCCCUAAUUUCCGAGCUUCCCUCCCUAAUUUCUGAGCUUCCCUUCCCGGUAGACUAGACCCAAGUAAUUUCUGAGAUUCCCUCUCUAAUUUCGAGCUUCAUUUCUGCUAAAACUCAUACUCCCCUCAACAGAUUCCCCAUUUUCCAUCCCUAAUUUCUGAGCUUCCCUCCCCGCAGAUCUCCAAAAUUUGUAAUUGAUUUUGGUAAAACUCAAAAACCCAUUGAACCCAGCUGCAAAAUUCGUUUUCUCCAGUCUAAUCCAUCAACGACAAAGGGUUUCGCGCAACCAACCGCAGCCCCGCUUGCUCUCUCCUCUCCGUCAACCAUGAUCUGUUGAGGAUCCUAUUAAAGACAGUACUUGAGAGUAGCCUUCGGUUUUACUGAGAGAAGAAGAAGGUUAGUCAAUACCUAAUGCACUUGUAAUUUUGUUAAUGCUCUGAGAGUAGCCCAAUUUUUACAGGCUGGCCAAGAAGCUAUAGCUAGAAUCCAGGUGGAGCAUGUAAUUCGAGAGCAGAACAUUCGGGGUGCAUUUAACAUACUAGAGCUGUUCUGUGAGUUUGUUCUGGCACGCAUUCCUAUUCUUGAAAACUCAAAGUAAGUUCAUUAACAGUUGUUGGUUUGCUUUGCAUUUCUUGACAAUUAAAAUGAUAAAAGCACUAGAACAAAGAUAUGGUUUAUGUAUAUUUAUGCAUUGAUAUGAGGAUGACUGGAUUUGAACCGGGACCUUGGCAUGUACUUUAACCAUUAGACCAGAGUAGUGUUGGCAAAAGAAAACAUCAUUGAAAACCAAUAGCUGUGCCCCUUCCCCUCUCCCUUUUACUUGGCAUGGUCAUCUUAGAUUGUUUUAGGAUUCUCCAACUUUUUCUGUAAUUUUAGAGAGGCCAACCACCCUUCCUUCUCCCACAUAUCAUCUUGCAGCCUGGUUUGGGUCAAAAGGUUCUUGACUUGAAAGUGUGAGGUAAAGUAAAUGCAAGAAAUAACAAGGGUAGGAACGAAUUCUUGUAAUUGCACAGACUAUCAAUCAAGAAAAUUAGAAACCCGAUAUGGCCAGAAAAAGGUGGGUCUGGGGUUGACUUUUGUUUGUUACAUAUGCACCAACCUUAUGCCACGCAACAUUAAUUUGUUUUUGUUAGUGAUUUACUGAUUUUUAAUCUGUUUUUUUUCCCUAUUGCAGAACAAUGAGCAGACAAAGCAAUAAGUUCACUUGCUGAACUCAACCCUCACAGCAACGGAAAGGACAAUGUGCUGCAUUCUCGAGAAUUAUCAAAAAGAAGAUGGUGUUGAAAUUCCAAAAGCUUUACGUCCAUUCAUGGGUGGGAAAACCUUUCUGCCUUUCAAGACCAAACCAGCUGCUGAGGCCAAAGGGAAGAAAUCCAAGGCCUAAAUUUGUAUUUUUGAGAAAUCUUUGAUAACACUCGGAAGAAGUGAAGGUCUAGUUUAUAUUCAAACUAAUUUUACCCAACAUACGGUUAUGUUUGCUUUUGAACGAAUUGCCAAAGAGAUUGGGAAACUUUAAUUAUCCUGUUGUCAUGAAUUUUUGCAUAAUUUUGAUACUUCAGUAACUUCACUGUUCGCCUAGAUUCUUUGGUGUUAAUGAGAUUUGAUAUUUUUCUCUUCUAUCAGUUAAAUAUACAUGUUUGCUUAUA